CGACCAGCAACCGACUUAUUUACUUUGCUGUAACACAGUGUAAUACAUUGCACGGUAAUAAAAAAUUCGUGAAAAAUAAUGCCGAGAACUGCAAGUGCAACUGGCCUUAUAGAGGCACGGAUCCGACCGGUAUAUCGUCCUAAACCAAAGAAAGUGGAACUUUCAGGAUGUACCAAGCCAGUACCUUUUAUCCUUCGACCCUUUUCUGGUCUUUUCAAUCCUUAUCCCUAUGGCUGCUCUGUACUGUGUAAUCAUCCAGCAGACUGUGAGGCGAAAGAAGUUCUCAGGCGGGCAAAAGAUUCAUGGGCAACUGAAGGAAAGGCUUUGCUAUUGCCAGAAGAAAUGGAAAUGAUUAGGGCAAACCUGAUAGCUGCAGCUAGUACUGUUGAUACAAAUGGAAUAGAAGCUAUCAAUACAGAAGAAGCCACUGUUCCCGAGGAAUUAUUUCGAAAAUAUACCGAGACAGAUUCGAGACCCUUAACUCCAACGCCUACUCUUGCCAGUGGUCCUAUUUUGACCAACAGACCGAUCGAAGAAGAGUUUCCAGUAACUUGUAAUCCCAGAGAACGUACAACAUUGGUCCUAGAUCUCAGGACCAAGUCACAGAAACAGGAAAACGAUACUUUUACUUGGCAUGCCUUGACUUUGGAACCACCGCCGUCUCACAGAAAAACCGAGAUAUUUAUAUCCAAGCCUAAACCUUCUCGUUAUCAAUCACGCUUAUCGAAUACUCCAGUUGAUGUUACUGCAGACAACUCUGAAUCGAAUUCUAGCAUCAACAUAGAGAGAGAUCAAUUAGAAAAGAUAAGUAAAGAACAGCCUGCAAUCGUACGUAGAAGAGGAAAACGAUUACGCAAAGGAAAGUGUAGAAGAGGAUCAACCUAUGGACAGCAAACCGAAGUCCGUGACUUAUUCGAAGCAACUGACACUCAAAUAUCACGUAUAGGAGAUGCUUCCAGAAGAACAUCAGUUCAUACAGCCAAUGGUGAUACAGAAAAUCUUUCAAUCUCUCCUAAGAAAACUUCUGCGGUAACUAAUACGUCUUCCACGAUGCUUCCUAGUUUCUUGGAACCGGAUAUUUUGAAGCACCUUUGCAGGGAAUUGGAUAGUGACAAAGUGGAAGCAGAAUUUUCAGUUAGGAGGAAAAUCGCAUUUGAAGAAGCUCUAAGAGUAAAGGGUGAAACCUAUUCGCGUACAAGAAGAUCUCAAACAUACUCGAACCCUGCUCUAAUAAAUACGCCAAGAGUAUUUUCUCGUCAAGUGGCUCGUUUCGAAAUCCUCCAUAGCGGAAGUUUACGCGGAUUAACAGUAUUGGAUUACCUCGGCAAACACGUGUUUGUCUCUACGGGAAGAAAAUUAAUCUUUGGUAGAGUUUUCAAUAAGUUUCAAGAUGAUACGACAAGGGAAGUUAAAAGGAUCUUGCCAAACAAUAUUCCAGAAGCUCUCCAAGAAGUGAUUGGAAAAGCUCUGAGCGAAGAGGAAGAAACAUAUUUGAAAUCUCUGAUCGAUGAAAUAGAGGAACCAUUGAAUUUCAGAAGUUGGUGCGGUUUGUGCGCUGCGGUGGAGCGAUUAUUCUGUCCUCUUUCCCCGAGAGAAGUUGAUCCUCCUACUUGGCUGGAAAGAGUUGACUUUGAAACCUUAGAACGAAGACUCGGAUCUGUCGAAGUGGAUCCAAAGCUGGCUUUGUUCUUGAGAAAAAUUCGUGAUAAAUAAAAUUCAUUGGUACUAUUGUAGGCGUUUAGUGGAAGGAGGAGAGGGUUUUCGUAUCCCCGGACGCCUCUCCUACACUAUAUUUUUCAGUUCUUCUAUGCAAAUGUCAUCGGUAAUGUACUAAAGCCCUUUUAAUCUGUAACACAGAGCA